AUGUGGAGGCCGAUUAGUAGUAUCCUUAUCAUUUUUCUGCUUUUUCCGACGCCCGCCGAUUCGCGUCGACGAACGAGUCAGGCGAAUCGCGCGUUCGAAGACAACAACAACGAGGAGAAGGUCGAGUUCGGCGCCGUCGAUACAGUGGCACCAUUGGAUCAUGACGAGUCGAUUGUUGCCACCACAACCAUCGCGCCGACAACAGCAACGCCGGAAAAAGAAGAUUUUAUUUGGAUUGAUGCCAGCUAUAAGGCGCUAGAUUUCAAUUUAACCGUCGACUCGCUUCCGGAAUGCGUCGCAUGGCAAAAAUAUUGGAAUGCGACGAACGAGGCGAUCAACGCGAACUCGACCGCUUCAAAUGCUACCGAUGAAGCGGAUGAGAUCGUUGAGAAGCUCAAAGAGGAGCUCAAGGAGUCGGAGCUCAUCACCAAAAAGAGUCGACUGAAAGAACUCGGGCUGAAUGUUGAGCUUCUCACAAUCUACAAGGCUGUCGGGCUUUUCUACAAGGAGAUUUGCGGGAAUCACGGCCGAAGCCUUUGGUAUCGAAGUCGCGAAGACGCCGCGACAAUCGGCGUCGACUCGUUCUCGCCAAUCUGUGAGCCGUUCAAGGAGGAGCUCAAUCCCGACGAGAAGGCGCUCUCGAAGCUAGCGCUCAAGCUCAACGUUCUCAUUCAAAAUGUCACCGAUGGUGUGAUGGCGCCACUUCGACGCGGUGGCCUCGAAGCGAACAUCACCGAGGAAUCGAAUAGCACAAUGCUGGAAGAUGUUCGGUUGUCGACGACAACAACGUCUCACCCAAAUCUGGCUGCAGUUUCUCAGAUGCCGAAUUCAGUCGAGCCGACGACAUCUGAACCAUCAACGACUAUUCGAGACUUUCCCGAAUACGUUGAAGACCCUGAGAAUCCGUCACAAGUGAUUCUCGUGACCCAUUCGUCAGCUUCAGCUGCCGCCACCACCACCACCACAGAAUUCCCAAGUGAGAUCGAGGUGUACGACGAUGAUAUUUGGGAUUACAAGGAUCUUGAACGUCGAUUCAAGGUGAGGCAUCAGGUAAUCGUCGAUGAUGAUGAUGACAAUUUGAUUCAUCGGCGACGGCGAAGCCGACGACGACGAAGAAGACACCAUCACGUGGUGUUGAAGACACGAAGGAAACGCGACGUCGAGUCGAAUGAGAAAAAGGCGGCGGAAUCGAAAAUCGCAAGCAUCGAGACGAGUCAGGAAGACGAUGAGGAUUGGCUGAGCGUCAAGCAGAUCAUAAAGACCGAAGACGGCGAGACAACAAUCGCCGUCAUCGAGGAAACCGAGCACAAGCUCAAUGGCAAUGCCAGUGAUAUCAAUGCAUGGGUGGAAAUUGACGCCUCAGACAUUAUCAACCCGGUGCUUUUGAUAUCCUCGCGUGAAGCCGUCGACGCUCUCGGCCUCGAAGUCGAUCCGACCGCGUUCAACCGAUUCGAAAGUGUUGGCUUGUACCUACCGGGAAUCUGUUCGGAGUUCGUGCCCAAAGCCAUCGACGAGUUCAACAGCAGCAGUUUCGAGGGCGUCGAGAUCGAGGGUCCCAUCGGCGUGAACAUCACAGCAUUGGAGCUAGCCGGCGUCAAUCUCACCGCGCUUGCGGAGAAACUUCGAAAUGACACCGAAGUCGAUGAGAUCCUCUCAAGAACCAAUGGAUCGUCAAAGAACCUCGGCGGCAGCUUCAUUCUCCCUGUUCUCAACAAGAAUCAGUAUGAUCCGUUCUCGGCGCCCAUCGUGUUCCAAGGAAGCGCCGUCGUCGUCCGCUUCGGAAUCUACAUCGAGAGUAUGAGCAACUUUCAGACGACGACGAUGGAUUACGACAUGGAUAUCUAUCUGAUGAUGUCAUGGCGCGACGCGCGGCUCGUCAACCCAUAUGACAAACCGAUACUGGUGAAGGAGGAGGACAUUCUCGAGAAGAUCUGGCGUCCCGAUCCGUUUUUCGCCAACGCCAAAGAAGCCGAAUUCCACGAGGUCACGUUCCUCAACUUCCUCAUGCGAAUAUUCCCCGACGGUCUCGUGCUCUAUGAAACAAGGGUGAAAAUUAAGCCGAGCUGCAAUUUGAUUUUGUGCAAAUAUCCGCAUGACAAGCAGACAUGCGAUCUAUUGAUCAAAUCAUUUGCCUAUCCGGUGGAGACGGUGCGAUUCGAGUGGUUCACGCGUCGGAAGGACGCCAUCGACAAGAAUCCCGACGUGAAACUUCCCGAGCUCUACAUCGAUCGCUACGAGACGACGACAUGUCCGAACGCGAGGAAAUCGGGCGAAUUCUCGUGCCUUCGCGCUGUGUUUCGUCUGAAGCGCGACGUCGGCUUCCACAUUGCUCAAACCUACGUGCCGACGUCGUUGGCGUUGAUGUUCUCCUGGGUGGGCGUCUGGCUUCCCGAGGAGUUCAUGGAGGGUCGAAUCGGUGUGGCCAUCACCGUGCUGUUGACGUUGUCGACGGAAUCGGCGGGUGCUCGCGAGCAUCUUCCAAGCGUUUCAUAUCUGAAAGCCAUUGAUCUAUGGUUCGGAUUCAUUACUGGCUUCGUGUUCUUCACGCUGCUUCAGACGCUGUUUGUCAUUGGAUUCGACAAACGGGCAAAUCAAUUGCGAAAAUGGGCGGCUCGAAAGACGGCCGACAUCACCGAAGAAGUGCGCGAGGCGCUUCUCCAAAAAGCGACGCGCUACCACAAAACGGGCCGCUAUCUCGACAACUUCUGUCGGGUGUUCUACCCGCUCAGCUUCAUCCUCUUCCUCUUCAUGUACUACUUCGUGUUCACCGAAGGCCGUCAGGACGAUUGCAUGAAUCGUCGAUGA